AUGCUUUUGGCUGAUUACAGCUUCUGCAUACGUGUGCAAUCUAGUGAUCAAGACAUAUCCUAUGCUGAAAAUGGAGUGCAUUUGAUGGAUGACUGGUUUGACCUAGAGCAGGGUCAGCUCAUCGAGGAGUGUUAUCCACCUGGCUGUCUUAGCCAAAAUGAAGAGCUUGAAGUUGCCUUUAGUUCUUUUCCAGAUUCUGUUUCCCAGUAUCAUAACCGGUCAAGCAUCCAUGAUUGUAUCUUCUUCUUCCGCACUAGGAGAAGGGAAACUUCUCAAGUGGUCAAUGUGGCACCAUCAGACAUGUUUGAAGUAGAUAAUAAUGAAGUAUCCCAAGAACCAGUGACUGCAGGUGUGCUAAACCUAAGAAAUAGAAAUUUCCAUAGCUUUACCUCAAAAUACUUGCAUGGGUUUGUGUUUAAUAGGCAGAGACAUGACGAGAGGUUAAAGCGAGGUGGUGAGCAAAAAUCAGUGGUAAUUCUUUCUCACAGCCCCUACUCUAGUGUGUUUAGGCCUCUGUUACAAAUCAUGGGCCCUUUGUACUUUGACCUUGGAAAGAAAGCUCUUAAUUAUAUUGCUGCCUAUGUAUCAAGGUGGCCUACCCCUAUUCCUGGACAGCUAAUGGAGCUUCCUAUUGGCAAUGCAGUACUUAAAGUGAACUUACCGCCUUCUCAUAGCUUGCCAUCAGAUAAUGGUGUGUUCUUCGAGGACUCUGCUUCAUCACUGGCUCCUCUGCUUCCUUCAAAUCAGUCUGUACCACAUGGUUUAUUUCAUGACUCAGAUCUUUUUGGCGCAUUUAGGGGGCUACUGAUGCAGCUCUGGAAGUUGUGGGAAUUGUUACUCAUUGGGGAGCCCAUUCUAAUCAUAGCACCAACACCUCCACAGUGUUGUGAAGCUGUUGCUGGUCUAGUUAGUUUAGUUGCCCCUCUUAUUUGCAGCAUUGACUUUAGGCCAUACUUUACUAUUCAUGAUCCAGAAUUUGCGCAUUUAAACAGUCUUCCAGAGGGGGCUUCAUUUCCUCCGAUGAUUCUGGGUGUGACAAACCUCUUUUUCUUAAAGGCGCUGCGUAAUAUGCCUCACAUUGUUUCAGUUGGUAGUCCUGCUUCAAAUUCAAUUCGUUCUGCCAUUGGUUCCAGGGCUUCAACUGGGGGAAAUCCUGCUGGACAUGAAGGAUUAAAUCAGCGUCUUUCUUUAAGGAAGUUUUCUCCAUCAAAUUUCUUGAAUGCUAUGAAGUUGAGGAGAGAUGGCCCUUUAUGUCUGAUGACAGAGCACAAAGAAGCCAUUUGGACAAAUUAUGCUGCAGUGACAAAGCCGGAUACGUCUAUCCUGAAUAGGCUUGUUGAUGCGGGCAUGUCUCCAAGAGUUGAGGAGUCUAUGUCAGUUGUUAACAACGAUAUAUUACGUCGCCAUUUUUUGGAGCUCACCACUAAUUUCUUGGCCCCUUUUGGCCCAUAUUUCAAAGCAUCAACACCUUCUGAAGGAUCACCUCCAUUUUCUGAUCCCCCUCCCCUACCCUCAUUCAAUACGGAGGAAUUCCUAUCGAACUUAUCAGCAAGAGGUCCUGGCAAAUUUCUACUGAAGAGAAUGAGGUCAAAUUGGCUGGAUCUAUACAGGCGGUUCUUGAAAGGACACAACUUUUUGCCAUGGUUUCGGAGAAAGCGUGCUGUUGCGGAGCAAGAACAAUAUAAAUUGUGGAGGCAAGCUAGUAUUAAUACAAACAUACAGAAGUUGAUAUCUAAAAUGUCUGAAUUGGAAGUUGUUGAUUUGUUCAAUGCAAUUGAGAGACAGCUUCUAGGAGAAAUGCAGUAUGGAAGAGCUAAUGCGGAUACUGAAGUUGUUGGCCAGAAAUUGAAGAAAGAUCUGCAGGCUGUGUUUAGUGUUCUUCCGAAAGACGUGCAGCAGCUUCUGAUCAUGAACCCUGAGAAGGCGGCUCUUUUACACGAAAAACUCGUUAUCCUCCUUUUAGAUGUGGCGAAGAACCUCAGCAAAUGUUUUUAG